CAACGCGACAGGUAAGUCAGCCGGGCGAAGGCUUGCUUAGCGUCGUCGCGUCCAGGCCCCGGCAACCAAGCAACAGGAACCAGACCGAUCGCAGCACGAACGUGCUGCACCCAUAAUGAAAAACCUGCACAAGCCGCAGUUCUCGCUCAGGGCCCCUCAACGUUUCGACUAUACCAUAGGUCGCCGACGAUAUCACGCCGACGAUCGGUGCCCAGCCCGGCUGUCGCUGCCCGGGUAUUUCAGCAAGAUGCGCAUGCGCUUCUUGGAGGCGUCGCGGACAGUGCGCUGCUUCGUAGCGGCGUGGUACGGGCCGUGCCUGAACGCGCCGGACGCGAAUCAGAACGACGAACGUGCAUGACCCCCUCAUAGUUCACGCGAAGCCACAGACCUGGGCACGCCCUUGUUGCACGUCUUAUAAGGUAAACAAGCGUCUUGAUGUUGCUCCCCGUCGGGUCAACAACAUGGCAGCGCUCACGGUCAACCUUGUUCUCGCCGCUUUGGUAGCCGUGUGCUACGGGCGCUUCGAUCCCCUCCACCACUCCGGCCCUGCAUCGCCAUACUUUGACGCCCCCCCGCAGUUCGGCAUCGACUCGACGACGCCCUCGCAGUGCGUCGUGGAGAGCGCGGCAUACAUUGUGCGGCAUGGCUCACGGUACCCGGAGCCCGGGUCAUUCGCCGGCUGGCAGGCGCUGUUCACGAAGCUGCAGAACGCGACCUACACCGCGCGCGGCCCGCUGGCGUUCCUCCCCUCCUGGGUGGUGCCAGUGGACGACGCACCGCACCAGCCGCUCUACCUGACGUCUACGGGCGCUGGGGAGGCGUUCAAGCUCGGGGUCGACCUCAGGAAGCGCUACCGCUUUACGCCCGGCGGCGAUAAUUUCACCGUCUGGGCGGCUGGGCAGCAGCGUGUGGUGGACACGUCCGCCUAUUUCCUGCAGGGCUAUCUCUCGCAGGGGAACUACCUGGCGGCGCCGUCCGAGAACCGGGGCAUCGUCGUGUCCAUGCCUGAUUCGGUCAACUACACGUUCGCGGAUUCCCUGACGCCGUCGAGCGGCUGCCCGGCGUACAAGGGCGGCGACACCUCCUCGAAGGCGACGACGUUCCGCGCCACGUACCAGGGCAACAUCGCUGCCCGGCUAAACCGUUAUCUCGACGGCCUCGCGCUCACCGCGAGCGACGUCGGGGUGAUGCAGGACCUGUGCGGCUUCCAGGCAGAGGUCAGCGGCGACACUCGGUUCUGCGAUAUCUUCGAAGAGGAGGAAUGGAAUGACUACGAGUACGCGCAUGACCUCAACUAUUACUACGGAUCCGGCCCCGGCAACCCUUUCUCGGCUACCGUGGGCUUCCCCUGGCUGCAAGCGGUUACCGGACUGCUCGCGUCUGCGCCCAACGCGAGCGCGAGCGGAAACGCCUCGUUCGUCCCGCCCGCGCUGGUCAUGAGUUUCACGCACGACAACAAUCUUCCACCCAUAGUCGCCGCGCUGGGCAUCUGGAACACGUCCGACGCGCGCGGCGUCUACCCGCUCUCCCCAUCGCGCGCCGACGCGCGGCGCACGUUCCGCUCCUCAUACCUCGUCUCCUUCCUCGGACACGUUGCGCUCGAGCGGCUCUCAUGCGAUGCACACGCGCCGUCCACCGCCGUGCGGCACAGCGCCGGGCAGGUCGUCGCAGCCGCCGGCACGAGCGCCGGCGCGCAGAAAUACGUGCGGAUAAGGAUCAACGAUGCGGUGGUGCCCGUGCCGGGGUGUGCGUCCGGCCCAGGGGCGUCGUGCCCGAUGGAGGGCUUCGUGAAGCAUGUGCGGACGCGGGGAGCCGCCGCGGGGGACUUUGUCGAGCGCUGCGGGCUGCAGGGCGUGGCGAACGCGACGAGUGUCCUGGACAUCUUCACGAAGGUGCCGUCGGCGGACGCGGAGACGUUUACGCUCCUGGCGCCCCAGGCGAACGCGCUCGUCCCGGUCGGAUUGUAAAUGCCGAUUCGCGUAGAUUUGAGGAGUGCACUCGCGAGCUCCCGCUGCUGUAUAAUUGUCAUACUAGCGUAUUGUCUAUUCAGUAUGACGUGCAUGCC